ACAGCUCCUCUGACAGCGAGGAGCUGGACGAGCCCGUGGAGGUGGAGAAGGAGAGCGCGGACGAGAAUGGAAACUUGAGUUCCGCUCCAGGUUCAAUGUCUCCGUCCACCACCUCCCAGAUCCUGGCCAGGAAAAGGCGCAGAGGGAUCAUCGAGAAACGGCGCCGGGACCGAAUCAAUAAUAGCUUGUCUGAGCUGAGGAGACUGGUGCCCAGUGCUUUUGAAAAGCAGGGAUCAGCCAAACUGGAAAAAGCUGAAAUUCUGCAGAUGACUGUGGAUCACCUGAAAAUGUUGCAUACAGCAGGAGGCAAAGGCUAUUUUGAUGCCCACGCUCUUGCUAUGGACUAUCGGAGUUUAGGAUUUCGAGAGUGCCUGGCUGAAGUAGUCCGGUACCUUAGUAUUAUUGAGGGCCUGGACACUUCUGAUCCUCUUCGAGUUCGACUUGUGUCUCACCUCAAUAAUUAUGCCUCUCAACGGGAAGCAGCAAGCAGUGCCCACGCCGGCAUUGGACAUAUUCCUUGGGGCAGUGCCUUUGGACAUCAUCAUCCUCACAUCUGUCACCCACUGUUACUGCCUCAGACUGGGCACAGUAGUACCAGUACCACAGCGCCUUCCACAGAACAUCACCAGAGCAGAAUUGCUGCUUCACAUGCUGAAACAUCUUCGCUGAGACUGCCCCCUAAUGGCAGCAUCGGACCAGUGCUCCCUGUGGUCACCUCUACUUCCAAACUAUCUCCUCCUCUGCUGUCCUCCAUGGCAUCUUUGUCUGCAUUCCCCUUUUCAUUUGGUUCGUUCCAUUUGCUGUCCCCUAAUGCACUCAGUCCAUCUGCACCAGCACAGUCGGCAAACCUUGGCAAGCCCUACAGACCGUGGGGGACUGAGAUUGGAGCCUUUUAAGAACUAAUGGUUUAGUGCAGGGUGAGGGAAGCUUAAAAACUCAGCUGAGCUGGUUUUAUUGCCAACUUCAAAUUUUAAUUUCUUAAGUAACUGAGGCAAAGGUACAGUUCCAGUUUAACAAAAUUUGUCUAAAAACUGAAGUGUUUGGGUUUUUAAAAUUUUUGUAUUAGCAGAUUUUUUAAAAUAAGUUGCUGAAGUUUGUCCAAAAAUAAAAUCACACUAGGAUGUUAACUUGUCAUAGGUUUAUGCUGAGUGUUUAACUCACUUUGUAAACAAUUUGUCUCAAAUGAUUCCAGUUUGCCUGAAAACAUUGGAUCCUUUUUAACGUUUAGUAUAUUUUUGUCUAUUAUUGUUAGCAACAGCUUAUUUUUAGUUUUUAAUUUUUCAAAACCACUCUUCUCAGCCUUAACAUAAAUUGUGUUUUUGUUAAUAUUUUGACAUUAAGAUGUUCUAUAAGGAAAUAUUCUUUUGUAAACUGUAUUCUGAGUUUUAUAUUUCUGAACAAAGCGUUGACAAAUCAGAUUGACCAGAUUUAUCCCAGAAAAGGAAUUCUGUAUCACAGUGGCAGGGUGUAUUUCAUGACUUCAUUCUAGUCUCUAGUGGACAUUUAUCACAACUUAAAAGCACUGCAUUAUUUCUUUUGACAUAAGGAAUAGCAAAGGGGCUACUAUCGAUCAAGCGUAAAUUGCACUGGUGAUUUUAUAGGGAUCAUGGGGAAAGAAGAUCAACACCUACACCACUUUACUGAGUAGAGCCAAUGCUAAACAUCCUUUCAAUUGUGUUGGGUCAGAACCUGAUUUUGAUUAUAACGGAGUAACUCUGUUACUCCAUCCUAGUUAAACUUGGAUAACUGAUUUCAAAAUCUACUGUAGGCGCUUCACAUUUGCACCUAAAAUAAGUUGUGAUGGUAUUUAAACAGCCAAUGGAAUGGUACGGUGGAAACCCAUGCAGGGCAAAAGCGUAUUUUGUAACAAAUAUAUUCUCUUAAACUGGUCAAUUUUCUAUUGGGAUUUUAUUUUGAGAUGCACCCAGAGGUGAUUCCUCAUAUUUUACAAGGACUGUGCUGCAUUCUUGUAUAUAUUAUGAUUGGGUUACAUGAGGCUCAUUUCGAACAGGUUUAUUCUAUCAAGAGAUAUUCUUUAAUGGGUUCCACUAGAUUGGGUUUGGUCGCUUUUGUUUUUGUGGCUAAAUAAAGGAGAAAGAACAAACAA